CAGGCACCAUCUUUAACAUGGCGGAAGGAUUUGUCCGGGAACAGUCGUCGGUAGAUGGCUCCAGAAGUCAAUCUCUGGAUACUUUAGUACUGGAAUGUCCUAUCUGUCUGGAACAGCUGCGACACCCUAAGUCGCUCCCUUGUCUACAUUCAUUUUGUGAGGAAUGCCUUGGUAGUUUCAUCACCAAUGAGUCGUCAGGUAAAGCUGCCUCGGCAUCCUCAUUCUCUUGUCCUGUAUGCCGUCAGGUCACCGAGCCGAUGAACCCGUCAGAAGACAAGGAAAGUUGGGCCGGACAGUUUCCUACCAACAAUCUGGCAGUCGAAUUGAUCCGACAUUUACAAAAUACGAAUACGUUGAUAACGUGCAAGCCUUGUGAGAAGAAAGGGAACACGAAUGUACCAGCAAAGUUUUGGUGCCAUCAAAACAAAUCUUACUUCUGUGCAGCCUGUAAAAUCGGCUAUCAUGACCUGUUUCAUGAAGAAUGCGAACCAGAGAAUAUCACGGAAUGGAACAAAUCAGAUACGAUCCGAAGGCAGACGUCGGCUCAUGGAUGUGGAAAACAUAAAGAGAAUAUAGAGUAUUACUGUGAAGACCAUCUGAUUCUUGGAUGUAACAAAUGUAUAAUUAUCGAUCACCGGAAGUGUGAAGUAGUGACAUCAGUAGACGAUUUCCGGGACAAACUGACACCUUCGAAAUUCAACGAUCUUUUUGAAGAGCUUCGGAAAAGCGCAGACGCAAUGGAAACAUUGAUAAACGAUGUCGCAGAACAGCUUCAGGCCAUGACGAACGAUCAAGACAUCGCGCUACAAAGUUUAACAGACCUACGCAAAAAGAUUAACGAACGUUUUGAUACAAUUCAGAAAGAGCUUACAGAUAAAUUGAUGGCAUCUUUCAAGGAAGAGAAAGAUAAUCUUAAUAUGUCGAAACUGAAAUGUGAAAGAUUGAUGUUAUCUAUGCAAAAUACGCUGACGUCAUCGAAGGAUGCCGCCUUGAAGGACGAUUCCGUGGGGACGAUCUGUCUUUUCCAGAGAGGACAGGAGGAGUUCGAGUCCUGUAAGGAACGCAUAAAGGAGUUGGAAAAGUCGUCUAGAUCCACCAGUCUGAGACACGAGUAUGACCCCGACAUACUGGCCGUCGACACCAAGACAAGCCUUACCAUGGGAAAGAUAGUCGUUCAUCAACAACAGAGGAGACUACCAUCUACUGCGUUCAGUACUCCAUUGUCUGAACGUCUGAUGAAGAUAACGGGAAACUUAAACAUCAAAGUUCCCUCUGACAAAAAAUACUGUUCUGCAUGUGGAGUUGUUCUCCUGUCUGGUGGCCGUAUUGUCGUGGGAGACCAUGCAAACAACAAAGUGAAGCUGUUUACAGAAAACGGGGAUUUGCAUUGUGAGGUGGGAUUGAGUGAUUCGCCUUGUGACCUUUGUCGUAUUGAUGACAAUACUGUGGCCGUGAUGCUAGUGACAGUUAAAACCAUCUGUGUUGUCGCUGUUGAGGAUUUAACCUUGACCAUCUCAUCGGAAAUCCUUAUUCCAAACAUCACUGAAGACUGUCUUGGUGUCACAUACAACAACACUAACUUUGUAGUUGGUACAUUAUCAUCACUUUACAGUGUACCAAAAUAUGGGGGUCAAGCCACAAAACUUCAUACAGUUGAAUCAAGAUGUCUGCAUCUCGCCAGUAAUCAGAACAAUGGGUACGUGUUCGCUAGCUUAAAUGAAACAACUCCUGACAAGGUGGCCGUGACACGACUGUCUGACAAGUCCAUCAGAGACGUAUUGAAGGUCGGCACUGUGAAAAGAACAACAGGAAUAGACGUAGACAGAGAGGGUAACGUGUAUGUUUGUGGAGGUAGCUCACCAAACGUCAUACAGAUGUCACAGGAUGGAACCAACGUCAGGGAACUGCUGACGUUGUCAGAUGGUAUCAAACGUCCGAGGGCGAUUUCCGUGUAUGGUGAUAAAGUAGUGAUCACAAAUGAGUAUUCAGACCAACGGAAUUUUAUUCAUAUGUUUCAGCUCAUUGAAAUGGCAACACAGAAAUAAGGGGAUUAAGGAACAUUUUGUGGAAUCCGAAAGACAAUAGAUGAGUUUGUAUUAUUUAGCUACACCUCAUUCAUUCAAUUUUUUUUUUAAAUUCUAUACGGAAUCUGUGAAUAUCAGUAAUAUAUCAUGCAAUAUGAAUCCAUGAAACAUUAUAUACUAUAGAGAAUUUUCAAUAUAUUGUAAUUUUAUUUGAUACUUCAAAAUAGGUAUUUGCGUCCAUGAACUGUGGAUUUAGGUUAGAGCAGCACAUACAUUCGUAUAACAACACAAAGAACAAAGAAACUAUAGAAACUAUUGUUAUUAGUUAUAUAAUGUUAUACCGUCAUUUCCCGUGUGUUGCCCGCCCGCACAAGUCAAAAUAAUGGUUUUAUAAUUUAAAUCUGCAGAUAGCCCGUUUCUGUUCAUUGUCUUUGAAGUUUUUGCUGCGUAAUAGAGCACACGUUCUCACAAUCAGGGGAAUCCCUUGCUGUAUGUGUAUUGCACUCAUAUUUGAUCAGUGUUGCCUUGAGACGUGUACGUAUUACUGAAUCUAUAUUACCAUUCAUAUUUAUAUACAUAGGUACCAUUCAUAUUUACAUACAUCGGUACCAUUCAUAUUUACAUACAUAGGCAAUAUUCAUAUUUACAUACAUUGGUACCAUUCAUAUUUCGCACUUGAAAGCAAGUCGGCACCUACUAGUACACCAGAGAAACAUACAAAAAGGUAAAUUGGAUUUGACAAGUAAUGUAUAGCCCGCAGUGUAAUUUUUGGGGGAUACAUUUUGUCAGAUAGUUCGCUUCAACAUAUAGCCCGCAGAAGGCAUUUUUGUGGUUUAGAUUGUAUAGAUCAUACACGGGAAAUUAUGAAAGUCUUAAUAGUUAUAUUCUCAAAUAAGUCAAAAUCCCCUUUUGAAAUUACGUUUUGGCCUGUCGUUUUAGCUCUUACGUAAUAUGGUAUGGUGCAUGAGGGGUCGUUCGUCCGUCAACUUUUAGUUCUAGAAAAAUAAAUAAAUAAACUGGAUAUAUUGCCAGGGAGUACAUGAGGCAGAGAUCUCUGAAAUUAAUGACCAUGACCUUUUCUUAAGUCAAAGCAGCCAAAUAGCGAAAAUUUCAUUGAGAUAGGUAUUUCUCAAGUGCUAGAAAACCUAGAUGACUGAUAUUUUGCAAGAGGAUACAAAUUGCAGGGUGCUAUUAAGUUUCUUCAUAUCAAUGAUAUUGAUCUAUCUUGAAGGUCAAUUAAUAAAAAAUUGCCAUUUGAGAAGUUCUUUAAGAUGUGGGAUACUCAUAUUUCGCCACUAUGUAUCUACUAUGAUAAUUAGUUAGUGCUAUUAUAUGAAUAUAAAUGAUAUUGACCGAUUUUCCAGGACAAAGGGGUCAAAUAUGUUGAAACCGUCAACAAUCCUCUAUCAAAGUUCCAGAAGACCUAGAGGUCAGAUGUUACCUAGUGUCUUGAAACAAAUAACCUUGACCUAUUUAAAGGGUAGAGUGUUCAAAAUCAAGAAUCUUAAGACUAGAAGACCUGAUAUUUGGCCAGUGCGUACCAGCAAUAGGGUGCUGUAAAUUUUUUUCUCAUAAUGUCCUUUACUACCAGUAUAUCCAAAGUCACUUGGGUGUAAUAUUUAACGGUUCUUUGAGGAUCUUUGAAAACUUUGAAAAUUCCUGAUAUUGAAUGCUUUUAGGUUUUCGCGAGUGAAUGUCAAAAUUGUCAAGGUCCAGUUGGGUAAAAUCCUUUAUUUUUUUAUUUCAUUUUAACAGCUAGCAAUACAAUUUUCAGUGAUAUAUGGAUUGAUAUGGGGUGAUUUAGAUAUGUAUGAAAAACAUCAUCGGAGGUAAUUUUUUGGUAUCGCAUGAAUGCGAAACCACACGUUACAAUUAGCUCUUUUAGAAAUAGUGUAUGACUUUCCUUGACACAUUACUAACAUAAGGUUGACAUAAAAUCUCGAGAGAGUAUUUUCCUAUUAUUCCGUACUACCCCUGUGAGCGAUUGAGGCCUUUUUGGGUCUCUUGUUCUGAUAUUGUGAUUUUUGAAUAUCCAUUUUAAUGACAAUUAUCGUGAUACAUGUAUUUAUAUCUAUUCUUCGCACCAUAUCUGCAUAUCUAUUAAUUGUUCGAUGUUUUUAGCUUUGUUUCUAAGUAUAUUAAAUGCAACAAAAAGAAAAUUGAAUGGUUUCCCGUUAACAUAUAUUCCACGAGUAUGACAGAAUAUCGAUGUUUUCACGAGUGCACCAUAUCUGCUUUGUUUUUGGAGAAAUGUUUAUAUUAAGAAAUAGCAAAUAUUGAUACUUCAAAUGAAGUUGAAACAAUCGAUACAAUUACUGAGAGUGAUAAGGCUCAUUCUUGUUCCAUUCAACUUUCCUUGUCCUGAUGGUACCCGUUAGCUCCUACUUGCUGUAUCAAUAUCUCACAAUAAUUUGAUAUCACGAUUUCUUAUAACACAGUAUAUUUGUAUAUGGCCGUGUACUUUUUCAAGUGUCUCCAUAAAAAUCUAUGUAUUAA